UCGUAUAGUGCUGGCCGAGGAACGUCGCAUAUGAUGUCAGUUAGUAUCCGCAAUACUCCCUGCCCGGUGCCGUUGUCCGGUAUACUAAGCGGCCCGUGAUGAUUGUCGAGUAUAUUGUGACCAACAAACCUGUAUAUAUAACUAGAAGGAUUCUCUCAGAACAUUUUCAUUCCAUCAUCAUCAUCAUCAUCAACAGCAGCAACAUUCCACAACUACCAAUAUAAUCAAACAGACUUAACUCAGCCUAACAAUACUCAACUUCACAAUUCCAACGCACUUCCAAACCACCUUAAACAUGUUCACCAACGUUCUGUCUCUGGCCGUCUUUGCCGGUGCCGCCAUGGCAGUCCCUUGCCAGCCUUCGGGCACCACCAGCCCUUCAUACAGCGCAGCAGCAGCCAGCUCGACCGUCAGCGCCUCGGCGAGCGCAUCUGCCACCGCCAUCGCCGCCGGCGACAAGUUCGGCCUGAUGGCUCUGCGCUCCGCCAGCCCGGUCCACUUUGCGCAGUUCGACGCGGCGCUCAGCUCCGUAUUCCUGAACCUGCCUUCGCAGAACGCAACGUGUGACGACGGCACGCAGCCCACAACAGCGGACUACGCGACCUUUACGCUGUCUGAGGACGGUGAGCUCUACCUGUACGCGGCCAGCGCGACGCCGCAGCAGCUGUAUGCCGACCGCUCCGGCAUGGGCCAGGGCAAGUUCGGCUACACGACGGGUGCGCAGCCCGCGCCCCGCAACGGCGAGCGCACCACCUUCGCCAUCGACCAGUACGGCGACCUGACACUGAACGGAUCCGGCUUCAUCGCCUGCCCCAACAGCAUCGACGGUGCCUGGAGCGUCUGGGCCGAUGCCGGUGUCGCUAACCCCGCCGGCAACUCCGACUGCCUCGGCAUCUCUGUCCGCGCCGUCGAGAUCGCUGGUACACCCAACUCUUGUGUCUACACCCAGUAAAGGGCACCAUGGAUGCUAGCAGCGGAGUCAGCAACAUCCUGAUCAGGGAUGAAUAAUGGGACAUCAGAACUUACGAAUGUAUAUAAUGUGUGGAUUUGUAUAUAAAUUCUUUUCACGGCCGUAGAGAAAGAACUAUGUGUUGCUCAACUUACUAGCCAAAAUGGUAGUGAACUCGCUACCGGCAAAAAAUUAAGACUUAAUUAUAACCAACUUCCUGCUUCAUUGAUUGAUGGUGUUGUCGCCCCCGUCUGUCCAUAUCAAGAUAAUCGAUUUUCUAUGCGACUAUGGUUCAUAAUGCUUCGUGCCAUCCCGCAGUAAACGUCGUGCUAUCAUGACGUCGCAAUCUAGUUACCAAGCUCCACGCACGAUCUAGGAUGUCGCGUGGCAGUCUGAUGACACCAUGAACGUUCAAAAGUGACUAUAUAUGUUCAUGAAAGCGGGAAGUCUUCCAUCAAACGUAUGUAAUGCGUUUUGCAGCAUGCUGCU